CUUCUCUCCGUCGAUGAAUAUAAAAGCAAAACGUUAACGCCCAAAGGAUUUUUGUAUUAUUUCAUUUUCUAACAAUGGCCAACGUUCCUGGUGUUUCUAUCCUUGCUCCCGUCGACGCUACUCAAGCUGAGAUCUUGACUCCUGAAGCGCUCACCUUCAUUGCUACUUUGCAGCGUGCCUUCAACGGUACUCGCAAGUCUUUGUUGCAACGCCGUAAUUACCGUCAACAAGAGUUGGACCGAGGAGUUCUUCCUGGUUUCCUUCCUGAGACUGCUUUCAUUCGCAAUGAUCCCAACUGGCGUGCUGCUGCUCCUGCUCCUGGAUUGCAGGACCGUCGUGUCGAGAUCACUGGCCCAGUUGACCGCAAGAUGGUCAUCAAUGCUUUGAACUCUGGAGCCAAGACCUUCAUGGCUGAUUUUGAAGACUCCAACGCCCCUACCUGGGAAAACAACAUCAGCGGUCAAGUCAACUUGCGUGAUGCUGUCCGUGGUACCAUCUCUUUCACCAACCCUGCUGGAAAGCAAUAUACUCUCCGUAAGGAUGGUAAGGUUGCUGUCUUGCUUGUCAGACCCCGUGGAUGGCAUUUGGAAGAGAAGCAUGUCUUGGUGGACGGUCAACCUAUGUCUGGCUCCAUCUUUGACUUUGGUCUCUAUUUCUACCACAAUGCUCACCAGCUUAUCAAGAAUGGAUCCGGUCCUUACUUCUAUCUUCCCAAGAUGGAAUCUCAUCUCGAAGCCAGACUUUGGAACGACGUUUUCAACGUUGCUCAGGAUAUGCUUAACAUUCCCCGUGGUACUAUCCGUGGUACUGUCUUGAUCGAAACCAUCUUGGCUGCUUACGAAAUGGACGAAAUUAUCUAUGAACUCCGUGAUCACUCCUCUGGCCUCAACUGUGGACGAUGGGAUUACAUUUUCUCUUUCAUUAAGAAGUUCAGACUUAACCCUGAAUACGUUCUUCCUGAUCGUUCCGAUGUCUCUAUGACUGUCCCCUUCAUGGAUGCCUAUGUCCGUCUUCUUAUUCAGACUUGCCACAAGCGUGGUGUCCAUGCUAUGGGUGGUAUGGCUGCUCAAAUUCCUAUCAAGAACGAUGCCAAGGCCAACGAAGCUGCUAUGACCAAGGUCCGCAACGAUAAGCUUCGUGAAGUCCAUGCUGGUCAUGACGGUACAUGGGUUGCUCACCCUGAUCUUGCCAAGAUCGCUUUGGAAGUCUUCAACGAAUACAUGCCUCAACCUAACCAAAUUCAUAUUCGCCGUGACGAUGUUGUUGUUGCUGCUUCCGACUUGCUCAACAUCAACUUCAAGGGUGCCAUUACUGAGAAGGGUAUUCGCGAUAACAUUGAUAUUUGCUUGACAUACACUGAGGCUUGGCUCCGUGGUUCUGGAUGUGUCCCCAUCAUGAACCUUAUGGAAGAUGCUGCUACUGCUGAAAUUUCCCGAUCACAGCUCUGGCAAUGGGCUCACCACAAGCCCCGCACUCAAGAAGGUACUCAGGUCACCCCCGAGUUGCUUUCCAAGUUUUUGGAUGAGGAAAUCAACCGCCUUAAGAAGCAAUUGGGUGACAAGUAUGCUAGCUCCAAGUAUGACUCUGCCAAGAGACACCUUGCUACUCAAAUUUCUGGUGAAGUCGCUGCUUAUAAGGACUUCUUGACUACUCAACUCUAUGAUGACAUUGUCCAAGUCAACUCCAAGUCCAAGUUGUAAUUUGGCUCCUACUCUACCAAACCAACAUCCUCAUUCAUCCUCAACGCAUGUCUACUUGUAACAUAUCCUCUUGCGCGAGAGAAAAAAAAAUGGCAAAAAGGUGUUUUGUAAACAUCCUUUUAUGAUACUUUGUUUGAACUCGUUGCCCUUUGCUCUACUUUUCUGUUCGCAUACCAAUAAAAAAGUUUUUUCUGUAUCUAUGAAGA